AACAAAUUUGGUAAAUUUUCCCAAUUUCCUGAUAUUUGACCAAGAAACUUGAUUUUUUGUCCAGUUUCCUAAAAGGCAAUAAAAUACAAUGGCAGAUGUCGCUGAAAUGGAAACUGGAAGUCCUCUAAGUGAGUUGUCCUCCGACAAGGAAGAGGCCUCCAACAAGGUAGAGGCCUCCGACAAGGUAGAGGCUUCCGACAAGGUAGAGGCCUUCGACAAGGAAGAUAGCUCCGACAAGGAAGAGAGCUCCGACAAGGAAGAGAGCUCCGACAAGGAAGAGAGCUCCGACAAGGAAGAGACCUCCGACAAGGAAGAAACCUCCGACAGCGAAGAAGCCUCCGACAGCGAAGAUUCCUCCGACAAGAAAGAGGCCUCCCACAACGAAGAGGCCUCCAACAAGAAAUGGGACUCUGAACUGGAUGACGACUCUACAGAAAUGGAUGACGACUCAGAGAUAGGAGAAGCAGAUACAUAUGUGGAAGAGGAGAUCGUCAAAAAGAAAGAGAUGGAGAAGGAUGAAGAGGAAGCCGUAGAGAAGGAUGAAGAGGAAUCCGUGAAAAAGGAUGAAGAGGAAGCCGCGAAGGAUGAAAAUAAGCCCGAAGAAAACGAAAGUAAAGUAAAGCAUGUAAGGAAGCGAAAGAUCUCCAAUUCUCCCGGCAACGACGACUUCGAUGAAGGAAGUGCCCCACCCGAGAAGACUGAAAAGGACGACUUAAAAGCGGAAACACAAAACGCCAGCAAAUCUCUCUGUACAAAGCACAAUAAAGUCGACUAAGAAAAAGGCACAGAUUUAUUACAUAAAAAGAAAAGA